GAUUGAAUGCAGGUAGGUCACCUCACUAGUUGUUGUAUUUUCGAACAUCAAAGCAUUCCAGUUAGCAUUUGGAUGCAAUGGUCUUUAGUUUAUCAUUCAUCUUACGCACAACGCCAGAACUUCACCCUCAUGUUUACAGAUUCUCCGAGACUGUGCAUUCCCUGGACUCUUUAUCCCUUGUUUCUUUCGUUCUUAGAGACACGUAGGUCAAGCUUAAUUUCAAAUUUAAUAACUGAUGCAAGUGAAAUAAGAAUCAAACUAAACAGAACUCGAAAUGGCUGGAAAAUACAUUGAUAUCACUAUUCACUUUGUUAAAAUUCAAAAGUUAUGAGAGGGAUUAAGAGUUAGAACCUCAGCUAAAAUGCCCUUCUCUUACUACAACCAUAGCAUGAAGUCACGAUCUUGCCCUUAUGCUUAUUAACAAAAGGAUGCUUGUCAUGGAACAUUCUAGACCUCCAAAUAAAAAUAGUUUCAAAGGUUUGGUUUCCUACAUUCUAAUCAUGAUCCUAACGAAGAUUCUAGAAUCGAAAUGAAACUCAUUUCCAAAGGUUUGAUGUAGUAUAAUUUCGUAAUAGAUAGUGGGGAACAUAACUUACAUGAAGAAAGGCCAGAGGGUGACUGAUUGAAAACAGUGAAAAAAGAAGAAUCGAGAUGGCAGGGAUGGUGGUGUUGGCUAGAACAUGACAAGCAAUUUCCUAAAGAAAUCCCAAGUAAAUCAAAUACCAGAGUUAAGGAUUGGAAAUUGGAAAUCAGACACGGUCUAGUGGGGUCAAGAUGCAAUCUUUUUCCACAAGUAUACUUGAAGGUGGCUAUUUCGGAAAUCUGGAUGCAAUGAACUACGUGAAGGGAUUCAGAUUCCAUCCAACAGAUGAAGAAGCCAUGGAACUUCUAUGGGACAAAAUAGAACACGACAGUGAUUCGAUUGUCCAAGUUGGUGAUUCCUCGGUUCGAGUCAUAACCCAAUUAAAAGACAUCUGCGAGUUCGAACCUUGGGAAUUGCCUGGGAGGUCAGAGUUAGGGUCAGGUGACAAUGUUUGGUAUUUCUUCAGCUCACCAAGAUACAAGUACCGCAAUAGUAAACGAAAAAACAGGGUUACCAAGAGAGGAUACUGGAAACCAACGGGGAAACCUCAUGAGACAGUUAUAACAUACGAUGGAAAGGAGAUCAUCGGAAGCAGGCAUACUUUGGUAUUCUACCAAGGUCGUGUCAGUGAUAAAAAGAAAAAUGAAAAUAGAACCCCCUGGGUCAUGCAUGAGUUAACUCUUAGUCUCCCUAACCAAAAAAGUUUAGCUCUAUGUAAACUGAAGAAAAAAUAUGGGAAGGUAGAUGUUUCAAGAGGUGACGAAGGCCAAUCAAGUCACCCUUUGCCUUCUAGCUUAGAAAACCACUGUACAAACAACGCAAUUCCAAAGGACCAGUUAAACUCUAAUGGGGUAUUAACAGAGUCGGAAGCAUUUACUGAAUAUAGUGGAAUUCAGUCUCAAUCUACCACCAAUGAACAGGAUGAUGAUGAAUUUGUUGGUUCACUUCUAAUUGAUAAUGAUGAAAUCUACAGCAAACACCCUUACUUUGUUGAUGAGAAUGAAGGCAAUAAGCUAUCCUCUACCUAUAACUUACAAAUACAUGUUGCUGAUAAUGAUAUUCCAAAACACCAGGAAGGCUUUUGUGAGCUAAUAAACCAAAAGCCAAAAGCACCUAAUGAGUGUGUUGGGACCCUAGAUGAAGUUAGGACCAGUGAAUAUGAUAAUUCCUCGUGGAGUUCGAUUCUCACUGCCAAUGAUCAGACCUACUCAAAAGAAGGAAGCAGAUUAUUUGCUGAGAUCGAGGGCUCUAGCUUGGCUUUAGAAAAUCACAUGAAAGUGGAUUCCAUUCCAAUGGAAUGUCCAGAGUUUGAUGAGCUUUUACGGAAAGGGAUAUUCGUGGCUGAAUUAGUAGAACCCCUGCCAGAAGCACCUAAAAACUCUGAUGGGGAUCAAAAUCAUCAGUUUAGCACCAAUGAACAGGAUGAUGAGUUUUGGAAUUCAAUUUUGUUCCCAACUGAUGAAGUUGAGGCUUACCCUGAAGUCCUACGAAGCAAACAACAGAACUUAGCAGAUAAGAAUGAUGGCUUCAACUUCUCCAUGAGCAUAGUGGAGUCACCGAAUGAUCCAUUUCGAAUGGGGUCAACUAGGAAAAGGCCACGCAUAGAAUCUGAGGGGUUAACCAGUAAGGAAGAUAUUGAAGCGACUCCAGCUCUGGAAAAGAAAUACUGUUUUAAUACAGAACAAGCACAAGCUGAUUCUUAUAAUAAAGGAGCCUUGGAAUACGAUGGAAAUGUUACAUACAAUUAACAGGAGAAUUGGAGAGAGAUCAAAGAAAGCUUAGUGCUGAAGUCAAUCAGUGUAUGUAAAUGAGAAUAUGGAUUUACCUAUUUUAUAUAAAAGUGUGGGCAUGAAAACAGAUGGAGUAAUAUUGUUGUGAGCUUGCUAUACCAAGGAUCUU